AGAUGCAUUCUUGUAUAGCUGGUAAGUGAAAUAUUUACAUUGAAAGUGACUAACCAAUCUAUAGGUUUUGUGGAAGCUGCAGAAUCUUUAGAAGAGGCGGUGCGUCGUGAGGCAUAUGAAGAAACUGGUAUUGUUGUGAAUCGCGUGGCUUAUCAUAGUAGCCAACCUUGGGUAAAUAUUGAUCUUUGCCAAGCAAAUUUAUUUAAGUUCUAUUAUAUAUAUAUAGCCAUUCCCAAACUCAUUGAUGCUUGGAUUUAUUGCUGAGGCUACUUCGACCGAAAUCAAAUAUGCGGAUGAUGAGCUCGAAACUGCUUCUUGGUUUUCUCGUGCUGAAGUCAUUGCUGCUUUGAAUAGCGAAACCAAUGCUUCUUUCUCUAUGGCGCCUAAGGGAUCUCUUGCCCAUACUUUAGUGAGUGCAUGGAUAAAUGAUAGGAAGUGGAAUCCAACUACUGCAAAGAUGUAAACAUUAUGUUUAUUUAUAUUUUCUCGGGGCGGGGUUUUAUUGAAUCAUGAGAGAGACGAAAAAAGUCAUAUAUAAAUAAACUUUAUUUUUAUCCAUUUC